AUGCCAUUUUCAAAUGAGGAUAUAUUUCAAAUGAAUCAAAAUAGAUUGAUUAUUGAUGAGCUACAGUAUGAUCGUGUUGCCCUUGAAGAGAAGUAUCGAGAGUUCUCGCAAAAGUGUACAGAUGAGCAACAUCAUGUCCAUGAUAAAGUAUUAAGUGCAGUGAACUCGAAUUCUGGCGGAAUGUUCUUUCUAUAUGGUUAUGGAGGUACUGGUAAAACUUUUAUUUGGAAGGGAUUAUCUGCUGCACUACGUUCAAAAGGUGAUAUUGUUAUAAAUGUUGCUUCAAGUGGAAUAGCUUCUCUUUCGUUGCCUGGCGGAAGAACAGCACAUUCACGCUUCAAAAUUCCAAUCAAUGCAAAUGAAGACUUAACGUGCGAUAUAAAACAAGGCAGUGAUCUUGCUAAUCUCAUAAUGAGAGCAAAACUUAUCAUUUGGGAUGAGGCACCUAUGAUGCAUAAAUUUUGUUUUGAAGCAUUGGAUAAAACUCUACGUGAUAUAAUGCAUUUUUCCUGCCCUCAUAGAUAUGAUGUUCCAUUUGGAAGUAAAACAAUUGUUUUUGGUGGAGACUUUCGUCAAAUUUUAGCAGUAGUUCCUAAAGAAUCAAUACAAUUGGAACAAUUUGCGAAGUGGAUAGCAAGUAUAGGAGAUGGAACAAUAGGAGGUCCAAAUGAUGGUGAAGUUGAGAUUGAGCUUUCAGAUGAAAUUCUUAUUAAAUAUUCAGGAGAUCCUAUUGCAGCUAUUGAACGAGCUAUUUUGGCGCCCACGCUAAAUGUGGUUGAGUCCAUCAAUCAAUAUAUGGUGUCAUUGAAUGAGUGUGAAGGCAGAAAGUAUUUGAGCUCAGAUAGGACAUGCACAACAGAUUCAACUUCAUCUUUGCUCCAGGACAUACACACGCCAGAGUUCUUAAAUAGUCUUAAAUGUUCUGGUGUCCCCAAUCAUGAACUAUAUUUGAAAGUUGGAACUCCAGUCAUGCUAUUGAGAAAUAUAGAUCAUGCAAAUGGUUUGUGCAAUGGUACUAGAUUGGUUAUUACAAGACUUCAUAGCCACGUAUUGGAAGCUAAAGUUAUAGCUGGUCAGAAUGUUGGAAAUAAAGUUUUCAUACCAAGAAUGUCAUUGACACCAUCGGAUUCAAGAUUGCCGUUCAAAUUCCAGAGAAAACAGUUUCCAAUCAUAGUCUGUUACGCAAUGAUGAUAAACAAAAGUCAAGGUCAAUCAUUGUCCCACGUUGGAUUAUUUUUAAAAAAACCUGUUUUUAGUCCUGGCCAAUUGUAUGUAGCAGUUUCACGUGUCACAAAUCAUAAUGAUUUAAAAAUUUUGAUUUGUGAAAAUGAUGAUGACAACAAAAAAACUGCUACUACAAAUGUUGUAUACAAGGAAGUAUUGCAAAAUAUAUAA